GGUGCUUAAUGACCCACUCUAGACUCUGGCCAUUUGUGAGUCCCGUCAGCGGCCCUGGGCUCCUCUGGCCUCCCGCUGACCCACCCCACCCCCGUCCUCAUCUCCUCCCUUUCCUUCCGCAGCGCAGGCAGCCAAGAUGGAGCAGGUACUGGACAACCUCGCCGAGCUGCCCCGGGCGGCAGGGGCCGGAGAGAUAGACCUCAUCUUCCUCAAGGGCAUCAUGGAGAACCCCAUCGUGAAGUCCCUCGCCAAGGUACUGCCUCAGGCCUGGUUUAUUUGUGAGGAAUAUUCCUAUCCCCUUACUGUAAGUCUAUCUUUGUUUCAGGCUCAUGAGAGGCUUGAGGAUUCUAAACUGGAAGCUGUCAGUGAUAAUAACUUGGAACUAGUGAAUGAAAUUCUUGAAGACAUCAGUCCGCUAAUAAACGUAGACGCAAACGUGGCAGAGCUGGUCAGGAUUCUUAAGGAGCCCCACUUCCAGUCCCUGCUGGAGGCCCACGACAUCGUGGCCUCCAAGUGCUACGACUCGCCUCCCUCCAGCCCAGAGGCCAACCACGCCUCCAUGAAUAACCAGCUGCUGCCAGUCGACGCCAUUCGCAUCCUGGGGAUCCACAAGAAAGCCGGGGAGCCCCUGGGGGUGACGUUCAGGGUGGAGAACAACGACCUGGUGAUUGCGCGGAUCCUCCACGGCGGCAUGAUCGACCGCCAGGGGCUCCUGCACGUGGGGGACGUCAUCAAGGAGGUGAACGGGCACGAGGUGGGCAGCAACCCCAAGGAGCUGCAGGAGCUGCUCAGGAGCAUCAGCGGCAGCGUCACCCUGAAGAUCCUGCCCAGCUACCGGGACGCCGUCACCCCCCAGCAGGUGUUUGUAAAGUGCCAUUUCGAUUACGACCCCUACAAUGACAACCUGAUUCCCUGCAAAGAGGCCGGACUGAAGUUUUCAAAAGGAGAAAUUCUUCAGAUUGUCAACCGCGAAGAUCCAAACUGGUGGCAGGCGAACCACGUCAAAGAGGGAGGCAGCGCCGGCCUCAUCCCCAGCCAGUUCUUGGAAGAGAAGAGGAAGGCAUUUGUGAGAAGAGACUGGGACAGCCCAGGGCCUUUUUGUGGAACCAUAAGCAGCAAGAAAAAGAAGAAGAUGAUGUAUCUCACGACCCGAAAUGCAGAGUUUGACCGCCACGAGAUCCAGAUCUACGAGGAGGUCGCCAAGAUGCCUCCCUUCCAGAGAAAGACGCUGGUGCUGAUCGGGGCGCAGGGGGUGGGCCGGAGAAGCCUCAAGAACAGGUUCAUCGUGCUGAACCCCACGCGGUUUGGGACCACCGUGCCGUUUACGUCCCGGAAGCCGAGGGAAGACGAGAAGGACGGGCAGGCGUACAAGUUCGUGUCUCGCGCCGAGAUGGAGGCCGACAUCAAGGCCGGGAAGUACCUGGAACACGGCGAGUACGAGGGGAACCUCUACGGCACCAGGAUCGACUCCAUCCUGGAGGUGGCGCAGACCGGCCGGACGUGCAUCCUGGACGUGAACCCGCAGGCCCUGAAGGUCCUCCGGACGUCCGAGUUCAUGCCCUACGUGGUGUUCAUCGCCGCCCCCGAGCUGGAGACGCUGCGGGCCAUGCACAAGGCCGUGGUGGACGCCGGGAUCACCACCAAGCUGCUGACCGACACGAACCUGAAGAAGACGGUGGACGAGAGCGCCCGCAUCCAGAGAGCCUACAACCACUACUUCGACCUGAUCAUCGUCAACGACAACCUGGACAAGGCCUUCGAGAAGCUGCAGGCCGCCAUCGAGAGACUGCGGGCCGAGCCGCAGUGGGUGCCUAUCAGCUGGGUGUACUGACGGGCCGGGGAGCCGACGCUCGGCCAAUAAAAUCCGGCCUCGGAGAUGCGCGCCGAGCUGGCCACCCGCCAGGCCGCUGCCGCA